AUGGAGGAGAUAGACAGACUGCUUUCCACCAUCGAGCUUGACGAGUACACCAUCAAGGAAGUCCAAAAUGGUUGGGAGACGACCGAGAAACGGUUGGGCGGGCCAAAAGCAGCUGGUGAGGAGGUGUUUACGAAGCUGAGGAACGAACUUCCAAAGACGCAGGGAAUGCUCACGCGAUCCAGCACCGUUUGGCAUCUCUUGUCGGAGUUGUUGCAAUCCCUUGGGCAGCCGAAGCUUGUUCAGAAGCGCCUGGAGUACAUCGCCCUGCGCCACAUGAACGCGGACAUCACCACGGCCGACGUCGAGAUCUUCCGCAACAUCCUGUUUGAAGUUUGUGCGUCGAAGCUGGGUGGCUUGAUGACUCCAGAGUUCCAGUUUGGCCUGGGUCAGAUCGUCGUGGCCGUGGGCACUUCGUUGGCCAAGACCCACGCGCACUAUGCACAGCGACUGAAGCUGCUGACAACCUGCUGGAAGGAAGUGAAUGUGACCGAGGACGAGACCCAAGAGCAACAGGGCCCCGUGUCUCGGCAAAACUCAGAGGAGCAAGACAAGCCGGCAGGGGAGGAGGAAGAUACGACAAAGGACAAGUCCGAGCAGCAGGCCAAGGAAGCUAGCACGACCGGGGAUGGUGCGAAAGAUGUGGAGAAGGGUGAACAGGAGCAGGGCGAUGAUAAGCAUGGAUCUUGGCAGGACAACUCCAACCUGAACAUUCCAAAGACCUUUGCAGCAAUGGCGCGGUUCAAUGCUGCUGUGAUGGGCACGGGAGACCGCAUGUGGUUCGCUGACAUGCUCUAUGCCAUGGAGUCUCUCGUGCCCUACAUCGGCAACAUAGACCGGGUUCAGGAAGACUGCGACGUACUGAUGUUGACGUUGGCCAAAUACGGCCAAAUCAAUCUGAAGGAAUUCCGUUCCGUGAUGUUCGCAAGUCUUAGGUCCCUCCUGCCCACCAAAUGGAGCAACGACCACGAGAAUGCUUGGGCUUGGUUCUGGACCAUUGUGGAGAAGAAGGUUGAAGAGAACAAGAAGCUCCCCGUGUACAACCACCAGUGCUUGAGGACGUUUCUGGCUCGCCUCGACGAAGAGACCCUUGCAGACUUUAAGCUGAAGGUGUUCGACUCCUUCUUCGCAAACUGCGAGGAGUCGCAGCUUUACUUGCGGGCGGCCAACAAGCGCUUGAUGUACAUCAUGGGGAGGAUCUUGACCAUCAUGUCGGACAUCUACACAAAGACCCACCAAGCCGUCAUCGCCCUGUCCGCUUUGGGCCUUCUUCAUGCCGGGCACGGGGUUCCGGAGGACUUGGUGCGCCCUUUUGUCGCGGCUUUCAUGGGCGGUAUGAAGGAGAACUGCCCAGAUGAGUCUAUACAUGAUGGGCUCUGGUGGACGUUGGAUCUCAUGGGCAGGAUCCUCAUCCGAACCCUGGCAGAAGGCUCCACGCCAGUGAUCAUCGCCAUCAACAGGAACACAUCAAAGGCCAUGAAGGUGGCUGUAGCAAACUAUCCUCGUGGACAGCGCGAGGUGGUCUUGCUGACGGUCCAGGUGGGCACCGAAUCGAUGUCUCCUUUGAUAUGGGCAGUGGAGAAGGGCGCCCUGGAGUCUGCGAGGGAGAUCCUGAACGAUUUGUUGACCCUGCGUGCGGACCGUGCCCGGUACUAUUACGGAAUGGAGAUGUUGUUCACCCGCCAUUCUGACAUCAUCAGCCUGCUUUGCACCAAGGCGCCGUCUCUCUUGCCGACGGUCUUUGAUGGACUCAUCUGGCGUUCCAAGAAUGUGAAGAAUGGCAUGCGGCGUGCGAACUACUAUAUCGCGUCCUUGCUCAGGGGCGAAGAUGGCCAGCUGACAGACUCCCUCCUCGACCUGAUCAAGCAAGGUGACCCCGAAAUCAUCUGUCAUCCCACGGUGGUGUUUCAGGCGGAUCUUCUUUGGACUCGGCUUUGUUGCUUGCCAUGGGCUAUGACGAAGCUGUGGUUCUGUGCCACCCUUGUGGUCUACGUCAUGGCAGAGCAGCAAGCUGUGACUUCAAGCGAUCCCUUGAGUCAGGAGCGCUUCACUACCAUCAUCUGCCGGGCCUUCUUGUACCUCGGCAGCCUUGGGCAGCUCUUCGCCAAGCAUGCCUACCAGACAUACAGGGCAGUACGCCAGAAGCAGAUGACGCGCAUCUGCUGCUUGCCGGUGCCCAAGUACGUGCUGCAAACGCGGCAGGAGUUGACCGAAGUUGCUCUCAUGCUCCUCUUGAUGUGUUUGUUGUGUUGCGAGCCAGUGCUUCACUGCCUUGCCGUCAGCAGCGAGCUGCUGACAAACUGCUGCGAGCACGGGGAAUGGCAAUGCAAUCUGAUCCAGGUGUAUAACCGCCUCGCCACCUUUCCCAUGGUCCUCUACUUCGUGCUUACCUCCGAGUUGGUGCACCUGAAUGUCAGUCUCUCCGUCUUUAGCGUGAUCUGUUCGUGCCUCAUGUGGGAGUUCAUGCUGUAUGUAGCAGUCCUGGCAUUCUUUGCUGCGGCUUUUGCAUCGGCGAUUGCUUGCUUGCCUCAAGCUCUGGCCGCUGAUUCGGUUCACGAACGCGACUUCUCCAGCUGGCCUUUGGCUUUUGAGUCUUUGCUGUCCUCUGCCUUCAAUGUCUAUGACAGUGACAACUACGAGCAAAUCGCGGUCGCAGAUGAGCCGAUGCUAAAGUGGUUUGUCAUGGCCUUCGCCGCAUGCUGGCACGUGUACCUCAUGAACCUCAUGGUGGCACAACUUUGCCAGCGCUACAACGACAUCUACCACGACGCACGUGGCAAUGCUCGCCUGACCCGUGGAACCAACAUCUAUGAGACCUCCAUGCCGUUGAUUUCCAAGAAACGCUGGACAGCCUUCGUGGAGUCCUUACACUUGGACGAGGCUUGCGAGCUCGAUGAGGGCGACACCGGGCCCCGCGGUGCAGUUCCGACGACCGAGAGCCCGUACGACUACUUGCAGUAUCCCAAGGUGACGCUGGAUCGCGUUCAGCGGUACGGUGGCCUUGCGCAUCCAAGGCUGCCGUGGCCAUCUCUCGAUGAGGCUGUGGACGACAGCGCCGUCGGCAAGUUAACGCGCAUGACGCAGUCCAAGUUCGAGGAGAUGGACAGGCUCAUGGUGGACAUGGCCAUCAAACUCCAGGUUCGUCCUCCAGGGACCUCAGGUGGCACCAAGGACUACUCAGCCAUGCACUCCGAGAAGCGCGAUGAUGAAAGCAAGAUUGCCGAAUCUGUUGAUGAUCACGAACAUGACAUCGGCACCAUAAAGCAAACCGAAGUCUCAGAGGAGUUGGCCGUGAACGAGAAAACCGUGAACGAGCUCAUGAAUGAGCACACCGAUGAAGCCGAUCGUCUUGGCACCAUGGAGGAGAUAGACAGGCUGCUUUCCACCAUCGAGCUUGACGAGUACACCAUCAAGGAAGUCCAAAAUGGUUGGGAGACGACCGAGAAACGGUUGGGCGGGCCAAAAGCAGCCGGUGAGGAGGUGUUUACGAAGCUGAGGAACGAACUUCCAAAGACGCAGGGAAUGCUCACGCGAUCCAGCACCGUUUGGCAUCUCUUGUCGGAGUUGUUGCAAUCCCUGAACCAGCCGAAGCUUGUUCAGAAGCGCCUGGAGUACAUCGCCCUGCGCCACAUGAAUGCGGAUAUCACCACGGCCGACGUCGAGAUCUUCCGCAACAUCCUGUUUGAAGUUUGUGCGUCGAAGCUGGGUGGCUUGAUGACUCCAGAGUUCCAGUUUGGCCUGGGUCAGAUCGUCGUGGCCGUGGGCACUUCGUUGGCCAAGACCCACGCGCACUAUGCACAGCGACUGAAGCUGCUGACAACCUGCUGGAAGGAAGUGAAUGUGACCGAGGACGACACCCAAGAGCAACAGGGCCCCGUGUCUCGGCAAAACUCAGAGGAGCAAGACAAGCCGGCAGGGGAGGAGGAAGAAACGACAAAGGACAAGUCCGAGCAGCAGGCCAAGGAAGCUAGCACGACCGGGGAUGGUGCGAAAGAUGUGGAGAAGGGUGAACAGGAGCAGGGCGAUGAUAAGCAUGGAUCUUGGCAGGACAACUCCAACCUGAACAUUCCAAAGACCUUUGCCGCAAUGGCGCGGUUCAAUGCUGCUGUGAUGGGCACGGGAGACCGCAUGUGGUUCGCUGACAUGCUCUAUGCCAUGGAGUCCCUCGUGCCCUACAUCGGCAACAUAGACCGGGUUCAGGAAGACUGCGACGUACUGAUGUUGACGUUGGCCAAAUACGGCCAAGUCAAUCUGAAGGAAUUCCGUUCCGUGAUGUUCGCAAGUCUGAGGUCCCUCCUGCCCACCAAGUGGAGCAACGACCACGAGAACGCUUGGGCCUGGUUCUGGACCAUUGUGGAGAAGAAGGUGGAAGAGAACAAGAAGCUCCCCGUGUACAACCACCAGUGCUUAAGGACGUUUCUGGCUCGCCUCGACGAAGAGACCCUUGCAGACUUUAAGCUGAAGAUCUUCGACUCCUUCUUCGCAAACUGCGAGGAGUCGCAGCUUUACUUGCGGGCGGCCAACAAGCGCUUGAUGUACAUCAUGGGGAGGAUCUUGACCAUCAUGUCGGACAUCUACACAAAGACCCACCAAGCCGUCAUCGCCCUGUCCGCUUUGGGCCUUCUUCAUGCCGGGCACGGGGUUCCGGAGGACUUGGUGCGCCCUUUUGUCGCGGCUUUCAUGGGCGGUAUCAAGGAGAACUGCCCAGAUGAGUCUAUACAUGAUGGGCUCUGGUGGACGUUGGAUCUCAUCGGCAGGAUCUUCAUCCGCACGCUGUCAGAAGGCUCCACGCCAGUGAUCAUCGCCAUCAACAGGAACACAUCAAAGGCCAUGAAGGUGGCUGUGGCAAACUAUCCUCGUGGAGAGCGCGAGGUGAUUUUGCUGACGGUCCAGGUGGGCACCGAAUCGAUGUCUCCUUUGAUAUGGGCAGUGGAGAAGGGCGCCCUGGAGUCUGCUAGGGAGAUCCUGAACGAUUUGCUCACCCUGCGUGCGGACCGUGCCCGGUACUAUUACGGAAUGGAGAUGUUGUUCACCCGCCAUUCUGACAUCAUCAGCCUUCUUUGCACCAAGGCGCCGUCGCUCCUGCCGACGGUUUUUGAUGGACUCAUCUGGCGUUCCAAGAAUGUGAAGAAUGGCAUGCGGCGCGCGAACUACUAUAUCGCGUCCUUGCUCAGGGGCGAAGAUGGCCAGCUGACAGACUCCCUCCUCGACCUGAUCAAGCAAGGUGACCCCGAAAUCAUCUGUCACCCCACGGUGGUGUUUCAGGCAGAUCUUCUUUGGACUCGGCUUUGUUGCUUGCCAUGGGCUAUGACGAAGCUGUGGUUCUGUGCCACCCUUGUGGUCUACGUCAUGGCAGAGCAGCAAGCUGUGACUUCAAGCGAUCCCUUGAGUCAGGAGCGCUUCACCACCAUCAUCUGCCGGGCCUUCUUGUACAUCGGGGGCCUUGGGCAGCUCUUCGCCAAGCACGCCUACCAGACAUACAGGGCAGUACGUCAGAAGCAGAUGACCCGCAUCUGCUGCUUGCCAGUGCCCAAGUACGUGCUGCAAACGCGGCAGGAGUUGACCGAAGUUGCUCUCAUGCUCCUCUUGAUGUGUUUGCUGUGUUGCGAGCCAGUGCUCCACUGCCUUGCCGUCAGCAGCGAGCUGCUGACAAACUGCUGCGAGCACGGGGAAUGGCAAUGCAAUCUGAUCCAGGUGUAUAACCGCCUCGCCACCUUUCCCAUGGUCCUCUACUUCGUGCUUACCUCCGAGUUGGUGCACCUGAAUGUCCACCUCUCCGUUUUUAGCGUGAUCUGUUCGUGCCUCAUGUGGGAGUUCAUGCUGUAUGUAGCAGUCCUGGCAUUCUUUGCUGCGGCUUUUGCAUCGGCGAUUGCUUGCUUACCUCAAGCUCUGGCCGCUGAUUCGGUUCACGAACGCGACUUCUCCAGCUGGCCUUUGGCUUUUGAGUCUCUGCUGUCCUCUGCCUUCAAUGUCUAUGGCAGUGACAACUACGAGCAGAUCGCGGUCGCAGGUGAGCCGAUGCUAAAGUGGUUUGUCAUGGCCUUCGCCGCAUGCUGGCACGUGUACCUCAUGAACCUCAUGGUGGCACAGCUUUGCCAGCGCUACAACGAAAUCUAUCACGACGCACGGGGAAAUGCUCGCCUGACCCGUGGAAUCAAUAUCUAUGAGACCUCCAUGCCACUGAUUUCCAAGAAACGCUGGACAGCGUUCGUGGAAUCCUUACAUUUGGACGAGGCUUGCGAACUCGAUGAGGGCGACACCGGGCCCCGCGGUGCAGUUCCGACCAACGAGGACCCGUACGACUACUUGCAGUAUCCCAAGGUGACACUCGAUCGAGUUCAGCGCUAUGGUGGCCUUGCGAAUCCAGCGCUGCCGUGGCCAUCUCUCGAUGAGGCUGUGGACGACAGCGCCGUCGGCAAGUUAACGCGCAUGACCCAAGCCAAAUUCGAGGAGAUGGACAGGCUCAUGGUGGACAUGGCCAUCAAACUCCAGGUUCGUCCUCCAGGGACCUCGGGUGGCACCAAGGACUACUCAGCCAUGCAUUCCGAGAAGCGCGAUGAAAGCAAGAUUGCUGAAUCUGUUGAUGAUCACGAGCAUGACGUCGGCACCGUAAAGGAAACCGAAGUCUCAGAGGAGUUGGCCGUGAACGAGAAAACCGUGAACGAACUCAUGAAUGAGCACACCGAUGAAGCCGAGACCUUGACAGCGCUGGGCUGUGAUUCGUGGACCGGGGCUUUGGGCUUGUUGCGCAGCAUUGGCUUGUUCCGGAACCCAUGCGACCAACUGCGUGCCGCUGCCAGUAUUUCAAUGCCACUGUUUGAAGAGGAACUUGGCUCCAGAGAGCCUUUGCUGAAGCCCGAUGGCUGUAUAGACUCAGAGCCUAUGGGCAGUGAUAUCCUCAGAGCAUGGGACUCACCCGGAGCUGUGGACAAACGCGAACCGCCGCUUUGCGACGUCCUGCAGUGCGUGGCAUGCGUUCUUCUUGCAGACAUUCAGCCUUUGGUGAAAGAGAUAGACAGGCUGCUUUCCACCAUCGAGCUUGACGAGUACACCAUCAAGGAAACCGCAGUGACAUCUGAGGUCCAAAAUGGUUGGGAGACGACCGAGAAACGGUUGGGCGGGCCAAAGGCGGCCGGCGAGGAGGUGUUUACGAAGCUGAGGAACGAACUUCCAAAGACGCAGGGAAUGCUCACGCGAUCCAGCACCGUUUGGCAUCUCUUGUCGGAGUUGUUGCAAUCCCUGAACCAGCCGAAGCUUGUUCAGAAGCGCCUGGAGUACAUCGCCCUGCGCCACAUGAAUGCGGAUAUCACCACGGCCGACGUCGAGAUCUUCCGCAACAUCUUGUUUGAAGUUUGUGCGUCGAAGCUGGGUGGCUUGAUGACUCCAGAGUUCCAGUUUGGCCUGGGUCAGAUCGUCGUGGCCGUGGGCACUUCGUUGGCCAAGACCCACGCGCACUACGCAAAGCGCUUGUUUCUGCUGACAUCGUGCUGGAAGGAAGUGAAUGUGACGGAGGACGACACUCAAGAGCAACAGGGCCCCGUGUCUCGGCAAAACUCAGAGGAGCAAGACAAGCAGGGCGGGGAAGAAGAAUAUAAGACCAAAGACAAGUCCGAGCAGCAGGCCAAGGAAGCUAGCACGACCGGGGAUGGUGCGAAAGAUGCGGAGAAGGGUGAACAGGAGCAGGGCGAUGAUAAGCACGGAGCGUGGCAGGACAAUUCCAACCUGAACAUUCCGAAGACCUUUGCAGCAAUGGCGCGGUUCAAUGCUGCUGUGAUGGGCACGGGAGACCGCAUGUGGUUCGCUGACAUGCUCUAUGCCAUGGAGUCUCUCGUGCCCUACAUCGGCAACAUAGACCGUGUUCAGGAAGACUGCGACGUACUGAUGUUGACGUUGGCCAAAUACGGCCAAAUCAAUCUGAAGGAAUUCCGUUCCGUGAUGUUCGCAAGUCUUAGGUCCCUCCUGCCCACCAAAUGGAGCAACGACCACGAGAAUGCUUGGGCUUGGUUCUGGACCAUUGUGGAGAAGAAGGUUGAAGAGAACAAGAAGCUCCCCGUGUACAACCACCAGUGCUUGAGGACGUUUCUGGCUCGCCUCGACGAAGACACCCUUGCAGACUUUAAGCUGAAGGUGUUCGACUCCUUCUUCGCAAACUGCGAGGAGUCGCAGCUUUACUUGCGGGCGGCCAACAAGCGCUUGAUGUACAUCAUGGGGAGAAUCUUGACCAUCAUGUCGGACAUCUACACAAAGACCCACCAAGCCGUCAUCGCCCUGUCCGCUUUGGGCCUCCUUCAUGCCGGCCACGGAGUUCCGGAGGACUUGGUGCGCCCUUUCGUCGCGGCUUUCAUGGGCGGUAUCAAGGAGAACUGCCCAGAUGAGUCUAUACAUGAUGGGCUCUGGUGGACGUUGGACCUCAUCGGCAGGAUCUUCAUCCGCACGCUGUCAGAAGGCUCCACGCCAGUGAUCAUCGCCAUCAACAGGAACACAUCAAAGGCCAUGAAGCUGGCUGUGGCAAACUACCCGCGUGGAGAGCGGGAGGUGGUUUUGCUGACGGUCCAGGUGGGCACCGAAUCGAUGUCUCCUUUGAUUUGGGCAGUGGAGAAGGGCGCCCUGGAGUCUGCUAGGGAGAUCCUCAACGAUUUGUUGACCAUGCGUGCGGACCGUGCCCGGUACUACUAUGGAAUGGAGAUGUUGUUCACUCGGCAUUCUGACAUCAUCAGCCUGCUUUGCACCAAGGCGCCGUCUCUCUUGCCGACGGUCUUUGAUGGACUCAUCUGGCGUUCCAAGAAUGUGAAGAAUGGCAUGCGGCGCGCGAACUACUAUAUCGCGUCCUUGCUCAGGGGCGAAGAUGGCCAGCUGACAGACUCCCUCCUCGACCUGAUCAAGCAAGGUGACCCCGAAAUCAUCUGUCAUCCCACGGUGGUGUUUCAGGCGGAUCUUCUUUGGACUCGGCUUUGUUGCUUGCCAUGGGCUAUGACGAAGCUGUGGUUCUGUGCCACCCUUGUGGUCUACGUCAUGGCAGAGCAGCAAGCGGUGACUUCAAGCGAUCCCUUGAGUCAGGAGCGCUUCACCACCAUCAUCUGCCGGGCCUUCUUGUACAUCGGCAGCCUUGGGCAGCUCUUCGCCAAGCAUGCCUACCAGACAUACAGGGCAGUACGCCAGAAGCAGAUGACGCGCAUCUGCUGCUUGCCGGUGCCCAAGUACGUGCUGCAAACGCGGCAGGAGUUGACCGAAGUUGCUCUCAUGCUCCUCUUGAUGUGUUUGCUGUGUUGCGAGCCAGUGCUCCACUGCCUGGCUGUCAGCAGCGAGCUGCUGACAAACUGCUGCGAGCACGGGGAAUGGCAAUGCAAUCUGAUGCACGUGUAUAACCGCCUCGCCACCUUUCCCAUGGUUCUCUACUUCGUGCUUACCUCCGAAUUGGUGCACCUGAAUGUCAGUCUCUCAGUAUUCAGCGUGAUCUGUUCUUGCCUCAUGUGGGAGUUCCUCCUGUAUGUAGCAGUCCUGGCAUUCUUUGCUGCGGCUUUUGCAUCGGCGAUUGCUUGCUUGCCUCAAGCUCUGGCCGCUGAUUCGGUUCACGAACGCGACUUCUCCAGCUGGCCUUUGGCUUUUGAGUCUUUGCUGUCCUCAGCCUUCAAUGUCUAUGGCAGUGAUAACUACGAGCAAAUCGCGGUCGCAGAUGAGCCGAUGCUAAAGUGGUUUGUCAUGGCCUUCGCCGCAUGCUGGCACGUGUACCUCAUGAACCUCAUGGUGGCACAGCUUUGCCAGCGCUACAACGAAAUCUACCACGACGCACGGGGAAAUGCUCGCCUGACCCGUGGAAUCAACAUCUAUGAGACCUCCAUGCCGUUGAUUUCCAAGAAACGCUGGACAGCCUUCGUGGAGUCCUUACGCUUGGAAGAGGCUUGCGAGCUCGAUGAGGGUGAUAAUGGCCCCCGUGGUGCAGUACCCACUAACGAGGACCCAUACGACUACUUGCAGUAUCCAAAGGUGGAGCUGGACCGCGUUCAGCGCUAUGGUGGCCUUGCGAAUCCAGCGCUGCCGUGGCCAUCCCUCGAUGAGGCUGUGGACGACAGCGCCGUCGGCAAGUUAACACGCAUGACACAAGCCAAAUUCGAGGAGAUGGACCGGCUCAUGGUGGACAUGGCCAUCAAACUCCAGGUUCGUCCUCCAGGGACCUCGGGUGGCACCAAGGACUACUCAGCCAUGCAUUCCGAGAAGCGCAACUGGACGGGAAGAGACAGAAAGCGAGACGGGGAGAGAUACUUCCUGGAGCCAGGCGAUGAAAGCAAGAUUGCUGAAUCUGUUGAUGAUCACGAACAUGACGUCGGCACCGUAAAGGAAACCGAAGUCUCAGAGGAGUUGGCCGUGAACGAGAAAACCGUGCAUCUCGGUGAGAAUAGUGCUGUCGCCCUGGCAUCUUCUGUUGUAGAGUGCUUCUCCAGUCCGCAUUAA